AAUGAGUAAAGUCAUAGCAAAAUGAUUAAUACAGGUAAUGAUGGUAGAACCAUUUCAUGCCAAAAUUUUAGCUCUGUUCUGAAGUAUUUUGUUACAAACCUACAUUUACUUCAGAAGACUUUGUCUGUUCAGCAGAAACUGUAAUUGAUACACUUAGUAUAAAAGAGUAGGUCUUCUUGCCAUGGUGAAACUUACUUUUUGAAUUUAAAUGUACUGGAUUCAUUUAAAGUUAGUGUUUUAGGUAGAGUUUCUAGUGUUCAGGUGGUGGUGAUCAUGGUGAAGAAAUAGACAAUAUCCACAUCAAUAUAAGCCAGCUUACCCAUUGGUAAAAUCAGCAGCUCACUCUACCACUCUAGAACUUUGUGGUUUGAGGCACUUAAAUGGUGGCUAACAUGAAAAAGUGCUCAGUCAAAAUGCAACAUGAUAUCCAAAAUGCUGUGUGUAUACUCCCAGGCUUCUGAUUUUUUUUUCUGUCUAAAACUGGGAGAUUAUUAUUAGAUUGUUAAUAAAUUUAGGCUACCAUUGUUAGUAGAAUUAAGAAGUUAGUAUUUGUCAGUAGUGACUACAUAUAUUUCUGUCUUUGUGCUUAUUAAGGUAAGCUAAUGUUUCGUUUCGUUUCAUUUCAUAAUACUUUUUCAGAUAUUAUGGAAGAGGGAAGCAGUAUUGCUGUACUGGUGCCAAAUGUCGGGGAACAGGAAGCUGUACUGAUUUCUGAAACAGUCAUUGGCUCAACACUGGAAAGCAACGAAGAUCAUAGAAAAUGUAAAACUGAUCCUCUAAUACAUGUUAUCCAGAAAUUAAGCAAGAUAGUAGAAAGUGAAAAAUCACAGAGAUGCCUUUUAAUAGGGAAAAAACGUUCCCAUCCUAAUGCUUCUACACCAUCUUUUGAAACACAAGAUCUUUGUGCGAUUCCAGCUAAAACAAUGAUGCUGCCUGUUAUUGGCAUUAAAAAGACUGAUGAGCUACAAGCAGAUUAUGUAACCAGUUGUCUUCCACAAAGUAAAAGAAAGGUUAUAUGCUACCAAUGUAGUCUAUGUAAGUUUCUGUCACCAUCUCUUUUUAGUCUACAAGAACAUAUAAAGCAACAUGGUCAACAGAAUGAAGUGAUAUUAAUGUGCUCCGAAUGCCAUUUUGCUUCUAAAAAUCAAGAAGAACUUGAAGUUCAUGUUAGAAUUCACCAUGAGAAUGAUGGCAAAAACCACAUCCAGUCAACAGUGCAACAAUGUGUAACUCUUUCAACUUCAUCUUUGCAAGGGCCUGUGGAAGGAAUAGUCAAAGCAGGCACUGAUCGGACAGUAAAUCUGGACUGUAAAGAUAUUACUCAGUCUACUCCUGUGGCUGAAAUGGGUAAGAGAAAAUGGUAUACUUAUGAGCAGUAUGGCAUGUACCGGUGCUUAAUUUGUAGCUACACUUGUGGUCAGCAAAGAAUGUUGAAAACACAUGCAUGGAAACAUGCAGGUGAAGUUGAUUGUUCCUAUCCUAUAUUUGAAGAAAAUGAGACUAUUUUGUCAGAUGCAACUGUAACUCAUAACCCUCAUAGUGGGGAUACAAUUGUUCUUGCUCUAGAAAAUAAUGAAUUGGACAUCAAUAGUGACCAUUCUCUUCAACUCCAGAUUUGUAGCUCUGAGCAAGUGUCAUGUAAGUCACCUCUGGUGGAAGCAAACGUAAAAGAGGAAGAGGUCCUAAGUCAACCAACAGCCUUUUCCCCUACUGGAGAACUGCUGGAGGAAACCGUAUCGGAUACAGAAACAGAGCAAGAUAAUUUGAUAACUGAUAGCCUACUUUCAUCAGCACAAAAAAUAAUUAACUGUAGCCCAAAUAAGAAGGGCCAUGUUAAUGUAAUAGUAGAACGCUUGCCAAGUGCUGAAGAAACUGUUUUACAGAAACCUUUCUUAAUGAACACAGACAUUGAAGCUGAGAAAAAAUUAAUCUCAGAGGAGUCCCAGGUUGUGUGUGAAGGAUCUGGUGAAGUUUAUCACUCAGAUGAAAUUGAAGAAGUGAUAAUAGGAUGGAGUAAUAGUGAAAAAAAAGAUAAUGAUUUAAUCUCUAAUAAAGGUAUUGUAGCUGAUGAAAAUGCCCCUCCUGUACGAAGAAGAACAAAUUCAGAGUCUUUGAGGCUGCACUCGUUAGCUGCAGAAGCUCUUGUUACAAUGCCUAUCAGAGCUGCAGAACUAACAAGAUCCAGCUUUAGGGCCUUUGCUGCAGUAAACUCUUUAGAUGCAGAUACAGGACAAAGACAGACAGAUGGCACUUGUGCAGCCCAUUCUAAAAUGGUAUCCUCACUUAAAAAUCCUCCAGAAGGAUUAAGUAGCUUAAACCAAAGUGACUGUGCAAUAAUGGAGCUACAGAAGGACAAACCGGAGAUAUCAGAAGCGCCAAUUAAAAUGGGCAUUAGUAUGUCACUGCUCACAGUAAUUGAAAAAUUGAGAGAAAGGACAGAUCAGAAUGCUUCUGAUGAUGAUAUUUUGAAAGAAUUACAGGACAAUGCACAAUGCCAACCUCCAAAUGACAUGAACGUGCCUGGAAGUAACCUGGUAGAGUACAUACCUAAUGUAGAUCGGCCAUACCGAUGUCGUCUAUGCCAUUAUAGCAGUGGCAAUAAAGGCUACAUAAAACAACAUUUGAGAGUCCAUCGUCAAAGACAACCAUACCAGUGUCCUAUCUGUGAGCAUAUAGCUGACAAUAGUAAAGAUUUAGAAAGCCACAUGAUCAACCACUGCAAAACCAGAAUGUAUCAAUGCAAGCAGUGUGAAGAAUCCUUCCAUUACAAGAGUCAGUUGCGAAAUCAUGAGCGAGAACAACAUAGUCUUCCAGAUCUGCUCUCAACAGCGACAUCUAACAAACUAAUGGUUUCCAGUGAGGCAGAUGAAAGAGAAGGAAACAAGUCUUCAGUCCAGAAACUCUAUAGAUGUGAUGUAUGUGACUACACAAGCACAACUUAUGUUGGAGUACGAAAUCACAGACGAAUUCAUAACUCUGAUAAACCAUACAGAUGUCGGGUAUGUGACUUCGCUACAACAAAUAUGAAUAGUUUGAAAUGUCAUAUGAGGCGCCACCCACAGGAGCACCAGGCAGUGCAGCUAAUGGAACAGUACAAAUGUUCUCUCUGUGGAUAUGUAUGCAGCCACCCUCCUUCCCUGAAGUCUCAUAUGUGGAAACAUGCAAGUGACCAAAAUUAUAAUUAUGAACAAGUGAAUAAGGCUAUUAAUGAUGCAAUUUCACAAAGUGGCAGGUUUCAAGGGCAGCUACCUGGAAAGACUUCAGUAGAAAGCACUGAUGAAAGUUCAGUUCUAGGAAGUUCAGAGAACUUGGUGUCAUUUUCAGAGUCCAUUAAUCAGACUACUAAUGAAAUUUCAGGUUCUAAUGAAAAUCAGAAGCCUAAUCCAACAAUUAAUACCUCAUGCAAUUUAGAAAAGAACUGCAGUCAGCCUCAUCUUGGCACAGAAUACUGUGUUCUACUCUUCUGCUGUUGUAUUUGUGGGUUUGAGUCCACCAACAAAGAAAAUCUGUUGGAACAUAUGAAAGAACAUGAAGGUGAAAUCAUAAACAUCAUUCUAAAUAAGGAACACGGUGCAACUCAAAAUGGCAACUAGAUCCUUCAGUUAGCUAAAAAGAAGAGAAUUUCCCCAAAAAGUUUUUUUUUCUAUCUUUGCUAAUGUUACCUGAGAUACUUGCUCCAGGGAGGAAAUGCGAGUAAAAUUUCCUAUAUUGAGUCUUUGUUGCAAUUACAGACCAUAAUUUAACUGACAAAAAAUGUUAAGUACUCCAUUUUGGGAAACUGUGGAAUGAUCCUCCUAACCCUUUACCCUUCCUUGUGAUGCCAAGAGUCUGGAUUUCUCAAUGGCUAGUGUUAAUCCAAAGUGCAAUAGCAUAAAGAAAUUCAAACUCAAGUGCAAAGCAAGGUAUUGGCUCAAUUCAAAAGGCUGCUUUCCCAUCCCGCCCCCCUGGAAAGUAUUUAAUUAAGGGUGUCUAAUUCAUUUCAAGCAAAUAUUUUUUUCCUUUGAUGCAGAUGAGUGGGCCAGAUACAAAUUUAAUUCUCUCAUAAAAUUUAACACUUGAUUCUGAGGGGUAGAUUGAGGAGUCUGGGAUGGCAGCUUCUGAUUUAUUUUUAAGACCUUUCUCUUCCCAACUCAACAAUUCUUUGUGAAUAAGCAGUAGUGGAUGGUAUUCCUUUUGUCACAAAUAGAAAGUGUUGAGUGGCCUGAAGACAGUAAGUAUCUAGCUGAUUAUUUGGCCAGAUUUUAAGUAAAUACAAGAUCUUGUUUUAGCCAUUUUAAAUUCAUAUGUAAAAAUGAUCCAUUGUCUGACAUCUUUCAUUAAAAUGUUCAGCCAAACUUCUAAAUACACAUGGAUCACAAAAUAAGUUGGCAUUUUAACUAGUGAUUUUUUCAUGUCAGUACAUACUGAGUGCCAUAACCUUGGGGUGGGAACAGGCAGUCACCAGAAAUGUAAUUGACGAAGGAGCAGAUUUUCAAGAUAUUUAGGCCCAAAAGAUGUAAAUAGGCACUAAUGGGAUUUUCAAAAGUGCUGGGUGUAUAACCACUUUUGAAAAUUGCAGUAGGUACCUAAAUACCUAGAAGAGUCUGGCUCUAACCCUGUUGAACAUACCUUUUUGAGUGAAUUAUUUCAUCUUUCUCAGAACGUUUUAAAUUUCACAAUAAGAGAAUUUAGCAAAAAUAAUGUAAGUAAUAAUUAACCUGCUUUGUGGAAACAACCUUUCCUCCACUGCACCAAAAUAGAAAGGAACAAAAUCUAUGAUGGUUAGAGUAAGUUUUACAGCUGCAUAGGGAACUUGAUAACUGUGUUUUAUUUUUAAAACAGUCCUUACAUAUCUCUUCUUUUUUUAAAUCAUUUUGCAUCUAAAAUUAUAAUGCUGAUUCUUCAUGUAGUUUCAAUGACCUACAUCAUUUUAUAUAUCAAUGGGAAUUUCAGUAUGCAGGUUAAUUGCCAGGAAACUCUGCCAAUAUCACUUUCAAAGUUAGCCCGUAAAAUUGCUUUUAUAACAUGCUUACUACAAUAAAAAGUGGAACAUUGGAAAAGGACCCCUUUAGCAGUCAGACUACAGCACUCUGCUGAAGUAUGAAACAUCCAAUUCUAGUUUAAAGGUAGCUUCAACACUCCAAUUGCGCUGAAGCAUGCCCAGUUCUUGGCAUCUCAGUUAUUUAUGCCUGGAUUGGUUGCUCAUUUGUUAAAAAUUGUGAGUACCAUUAUUUUGAUUUGUUUUAAAGAGUGAUGCAGAAAGUUUUGUAUUUAUUACCUAUUUAUACUAUUUUUGGUAAAAAUAAGCUACAACUAUAUAAACCUGAAAAGCUGGUAUAUGAGUAGUAUACAGUCUUCAUGGUGCUAUAUUUGUGUUGUUUUUCUAAGUUUUCCUGUGGACAGUGAAGCUGGUCAAAGAGGAAAGAAAAUAAGAGGACAGGUUUUUUUAUAUAUACAACUUGAAUUUUAAGAAGCAACCCAGGGUAUAAAGGCUGGCUAAAGAGUAGAGUUGUACUUCAAGUUGAACUGGUGAAAUCUUCAAGUGGGUUUGGUUAAAACAUUUUGAAUGUUUUCUAUCUUUAAUCCUAUUAAUUUUGUUAUAAAUUAGAUUAGAUGUACAAAUAUUAUUUUAAAAAUUGGUAAAGAUCUAUCAACAUGCAACCCAUUUUACUAAUAGGUUUGACCUAUCCAUGAACUAAACAUAGAACCUUCCAGAUGUUUUAAUAAAAAUGUAAAGUAACUUCUGUAUGUUUUACACUUUUUUCUAAAAACAAAAUAUAAAAGGGCCAAUCAGAAAAUUUUUCAUAUGCAUAGAGGACUAAUUUGACACUUCCAAAACAUGAUUAUAAUGAACAAUUUUAGUAAGAGGUAGAAAAUAUUUAAUUAGAGUACUGAUCUUGUCUUUGUGCCAGUGUUGACGCCAAUAUUAUAUCCUUAAUAUAGAAUUCUGGUACAUUUAAAAAACAAGAAAUUAUUGGGCACAUGUUUUCACUAUCUGAGCGCACAUUCUAACAUUCCAGCUCCUAUAUUUACAGAUCCUACUUAUUUAAAAAUCUGGUAAAUAUAAAACUAUUAAGAGUCCACAGUAAUUUGAAUUAUAAAUUAUUAUUUUAUACUCAUGGAAACUGCAUUGUGCCACGACCUUAACUUCAUUUUUCCCAUAAUGGAUCAUACAUCCUAAAGUUGUUACACUAAGGGUGUGUCUAAAUUACACCCCUCUGCCGACUGAGGGAUGUAGAUUAGGCAUGUUGCUAUUGCAAAUGAAGUGGGGAUUUAAAUAUCCCGCGCUUCAUUUGAAUAUAAAUAGCCGUUGCUUUUUGCCGACACGGCACUUUGCCGGCAAAAAGCGACAGUCUA